UGUUUCUUUUGGCUGAUCUUUACCUAAAUCAAUCUAUAUUUCAGAAUUUACAUAAUGAUUUGGUAGAUUCUAAACAGAUACAUAAUAGAAUAAACCUAUCCUAAAUUUACUUGGAAAUAACUAGUGAGAAUAGAGUAUGUAAUAAAUGUGUAGGCAUGUUUUAAUAUAUUCCAAUUGAAUUUAUUUGUGAGAAAUUUCAAGAAACAAUUGGAUUGAGUGUGGAUACAAGACUGUAAUUUAUUAUCAUCUCGUAGUAUUUAUUGGAUCCGCAAUUAUAGUCAAAAAAUGAAAGAUACCAAAGAAUAUGGGUGAGAACAGUGGAGAAAAAAUUCAACUAAUAAUAAUUAUCAAAUGUUUAAGAAUAAAGUUAAAACGAUAUUUAAGGGCAAAACUAAAAAGAAAUUUCUAGUCAGAUAAGUAUUGAAUAAAAAGAUGACAAUAAUUGUGAACUUGUACAAAGGCAAGAUCUAGAAUAAUAAGCCCCCAAAUCUCAUUAAUAAAAAGAUGCAUAAGAAUAAUUAAUUUGCUAUGAGGAGCAAGAACCCACUGGAUUAGUAUCUGUAUUGUUUUUAAAAGAAAGAUAUUGUAAAAGUGAGUUUAAUAAUUUCAAAACCAAAAUUCCUGAAAUCAGAAUCACAAAUACGUUUUUCUUAAGCCAUGAACCAUAAUUUUCUGGACAAAAUUCCUAAAAUAGUAUAAAUUAAGAUGCAAAUUCCUAAUCAUCAAAUCAGUCAAAAAGUUGAAAUAAUAAAACAGAUUAUUGGAGGA